ACCUGGGUUGGCAACCCCAAGGUGGGUAAUGCAACCUGACGUGAUGAUCAGCAUCUAAAAAAAGACUUGACAUGUACAACCCCGUUAAACUUGAAACUCACCUCAAAAAUCAAAAUUGUUAUAGCCCAACACACGAUUUGUAUCUGCUCCCGGUUGGGCAGGAUUACCCUGGAUUGCCCCACAUCGGGAAUUUGACGACAAUGGCGGCACCAGUAGGGAUUGCUGUAACAAUUGCACCGGCAACGUGACGAAUGUCUUCUGGAUAGAGAGACUAGCUAUACUAAAUGUCGAUAUAGGUGUACUACUCAGUAUUUGCACAUCUUUCCCAGCUAUGGAGGAAGAAUCACAUACACAUUGGAAUGUUCUAUGUCAA